AUGUCUUCUCCGUCUGUAGGAAGUACCACAGAAAAGCAAAUCACCUCGUCAGUAAAAACAAAAGUAGAUGGUGAGAAGCAAGUACCCCCUUUGUCAUAUAAAGGAAAAAACAAAAAAAAAAAAAAUUUAUUUGUUUUAAACAAAGAUCAGUCUAAAUAUUUAGUUAACAAAGAAUAUAUAAGUUAUAUGAUGAUAAAAACAUUUUUAAAGGAUUAUAAGGUACAUAUCACAUAUUACACAGUUUUAUUAUCUCUUUUUUCCGUAUUUUCAUAUUGUGUUAUUAACUUAUUAUUGAUGAUUUUUGAAGAGCCAUUAGCCGUAAAAAUAGUAAAAGAGCAUGUUUUAAAAGAUAAAAAAUUAGUUGAUGAAUACGAAGAAGUGAUAUUUUCAAAAUUUUGGACAGGAUAUAUAAAUGAAAGCAAUGCUAGUAUAGUUAUUAACAUCAAAAGUAAAAAACACAACAAAAAAAAAGGGAAGAUUAUAAGCACUUUACGUAAACAAAAAGACAAAUGGCACAUUAAAACAUUAACAUACUAUAAUGUAAAAAAAAAUGAUAAUUUGGAUACAGAUGAUUUGAAAACGGUAGCAGAAAAUGCAAAACAGAGUGCUGUAUGUCCAAUGAACAACACUUCGUUUCUCAAGGGGAAAAUUAAAAAUUAG